AUGAGUGUGCCAGGCGAGGAGCCGGGCAACCCGGCCCAUGCCAUCUUCGAGCGGUUCCUGCGUGCCGGGGAGUGCCGGGAGGUGCUGGGCUGCUUCGAGGAGCUGUGCCAGUGCCUGGCGCUGCAGGGCACCGGGCUGCAGCUCUACCACGGCCUCAAGGCUGCCCUCAACUACUGGAGUGCCAAGGCGCUGUGGAGCAAGCUGGAUAAGAAAGCCGGGCACAAGGACUACGACCAGGGCACUGCCUGUGCCGGCACCAAGUGCCUGGUGGUGGGGGCUGGUCCCUGCGGGCUGCGGGUGGCCAUCGAGCUGGCACUGCUGGGUGCCCGCGUGGUGCUGCUGGAGAAGAGGGACUCCUUCUCCCGCAACAACGUCCUGCACCUCUGGCCCUUCACCAUCCACGACCUGAGGGCACUGGGCGCCAAGAAGUUCUACGGGCGCUUCUGCACCGGCACGCUGGACCACAUCAGUAUCCGGCAGCGGCUGGCGAGCGGUGCUGCAGCCUGGCUCCUCUCCCCUCAGCCACUAUGCCUUCGCCGUCCUCAUCUCAGCCGGCGGUGGCCAAAAGGGUUCAAGCGGAAGGAGACGCGGGGGAAGUUGGCCAUCGGCAUCACCACCAACUUCAUCAACCGCCACAGCCGGGCCGAGGUGGAGGUGGCCGAGAUCAGCGGCGUGGCCAGGAUCUACAACCAGAAGUUCUUCCAAAACCUCUACAACAAAACAGGCAUUGAUCUGGAAAACAUCGUCUACUACAAGGAUGACACCCACUAUUUUGUCAUGACGGCCAAGAAGCAGAGCCUGCUCAAGAAGGGGGUCAUCCUCCAGGACAAAACGGACAUCGAGAGCCUCUUGUCCCCAGAGAACGUCAACCGGGACGCCCUCCUCAGCUACGCCAAAGAAGCUGCCAACUUCUCCACCGGCUACCGCCUGCCCGAGCUGGAGUUUGCCCUCAACCACCGGGGGCUGCCCGACGUCGACAUGUUCGACUUCACCUGCAUGACGCGCUCGGAGAACGCGGCGCUGGUGCGGGAGCACAACGGGGCCAGGCUGCUCCUGGGGCUGGUGGGAGACUGCUUGGUGGAG